CGCCUCGCGCCUGCGCUUUGGCUACUUGGAAGGCGCUAUGGCGGCUACAACAGCCGAAGCUGCGGCGGUUCAAGCGACUCAAUUGCAGGCUUGCGGCUGCAAGGGCAUCCGGACUUGUCUUAUUUGCGAGAGACAGCGCCACGGGCCCCCGCCCUGGCAGAUCUCCCCUCAGAAAAAAUACCAUUUCCUUUACUGCCCGGACACAGGCUGGGCCAUGGGGCCCCAGGACUCUGACUUUGAAGGUUGGGCCUUCCCGUUCCCGGGUGUGACGCUGAUAGAGGACUUUGUGACCCCAGAGGAAGAGGCUGAGAUGGUGCGGCUGAUGGACAGUGACCCCUGGAAGCUCUCUCAGUCUGGGCGGAGGAAACAGGACUACGGCCCGAAGGUCAAUUUUCGGAAGCAGAAGCUGAAGAUGGCUGGCUUCCAGGGUCUCCCCAGCUUCAGCCAGAAGGUGGUCCAGAGAAUGGGCCUCUACCAGGGACUGGAGGACUUCCAGCCUGUAGAACAGUGUAAUCUGGACUACAACCCAGAGCGGGGCUCGGCCAUCGACCCCCACCUGGAUGAUGCCUGGCUGUGGGGCGAGCGGCUGGUAAGCCUCAACCUCCUGUCAGCCACCGUGGUGUCCAUGUCCUGUGAAGCCCCUGGCAGCCUGCUGCUCCACUCGGCCCCCUCCAUCGGACCUGAUGCUCCUGAGGGCAGCGUCGUGGCCUCUAGCCGGUCUGUCCCCUGCCAGGAGGUGGAGGUAGCCAUCUCUGUGCCCUGCCGCUCUCUGCUGGUGCUCACAGGGGCUGCACGGCACCAGUGGGCACAUGCCAUCCACCGCAGACACAUCAAGGCUCGCCGUAUCUGUGCCACCUUCAGAGAGCUGGCCAGCGAGUUCCUGCCUGGGGGGAAACAGCAAGAACUGGGGCACGAGCUGCUGCAGGCUGCACUUUCCUUCCAAGGAAGACCCGUGUGAGCACAUCCCUGGGGAAGCAUGGACACAACAGCUGGCACCGGGCUGGCUGGAAACACGCUCCAGCGUAACCAUUAAGGGAGCGAACACUGAGCUCUCUCCACAGCUCAUUAGAGUCUUUUUUUUUUUUGGAGACAAGGUCUUAUGUAGCCUAGGCUGCCUUCAAAUGGAUUCUGUAGCCAAGGAAGAUCCUUCUGCCGCCACUUCCUAAGUGCCUGGAUUACUGGUGUGCACUGUCAGGCCUGGCUUUAUCAUGGUUGCUUGGUUUCUCUUCUUUUUGAACAGGGUCUCUGACCUAGACUGGCCUCAAACUCCCUUUAUAGCCAAGGAUGACUUUGAACUUCUGAUCAUCUGCCUCUACCUCCUGAAUGCUGGGAUUGCCAGUGUGCACCCCCACGCUCAGUUUUGUUUUGUUUUUUUUUUUAGGUACUGGGCUAGAACCCAGGGCUUGCUGCUUGUUAAGCAAGCGCUCUGCCAACAAAGCUAGACCCCUACCCUGUUGGGUUUUUUGAGACAGGGUCUCAUGUGGACCAGGCAGGCCUGGACACUGUGUAGCCUGGCUUUGAACUCCAGAUGUCAUGAACAUCACAUUCCCUGUCUGGAGCUGGUUCUGAUGGACCUGGAUCUUGGCUGCUCUUUGGGUUAUGUAAUUUGUCACAGUUUGAAGGGAUUCGGUCUUUUAAAACCUCAGUAUCUGGGAGAAGCAAGAUGGCUCCGUGGGUAAAGGCGCAACACCAAGCCUGACUGCCUGAGUUGUCUUUGGAAUCCAUGUGGUCAGGGACUGAACCAACUCCUGGAGUCCUCCUCUGGCCUCCACACACUCUGCCCCCUAAUAAACUUUAUAAUAAAAGAGAAAACAGAAAAACUUGCUGCCAUGUGAAAUG